AUGAUCGCUGUAGUGUUGUAUCCAAUAUCUACAGAAGAAGGAAGUGAUACCACGAUGUCAGUAGAGGAAGCAUUCAAAAAGCAUCAAGUCGUUCCGGAUGUUGUAUCAACGGCUCCCACCAAACUAAUCACUAUCGAUUACAGUAGUGGUGUUAAGGCGAAUUUGGGCAAUGAACUUACGCCGACGCAGGUGAAGGAUGAACCGAAGGUAUCAUGGGAGGCGGAUGCUGAAAGCUUGUAUACACUUGUUUUGACUGACCCAGAUGCGCCAUCUCGAGAAAGACCUACGCACAGAGAGUGGCAUCACUGGUUGGUAUCUAAUAUUCCUGGACAAGAUGUCAGAAAGGGUGAUGUGCUUUCAGAGUAUGUUGGAUCGGGUCCGCCAAAAGGCACAGGACUUCACCGUUAUGUAUUCUUGGUUUACAAACAGCCUAAAAAAAUCGUAGAUACCGAUCAUGGGCAUCUCACUAAUAGAUCAGGUGCAAAUCGCGGAGAUUUCAAAAUCAGCAAAUUUGCAAUGAAACAUAAGUUGGGAAAUCCAGUUGCUGGAAACUUCUAUCAGGCUCAAUACGACGACUAUGUUCCUAAAUUAUACGAGCAACUGAGCGGUUGA